GCCUUCCCUUGUAAUUCAACCAAGUGAAGUUUUAAAAUGUCACAAGAAGUACAAGUUUCUGAUAUGACAAGUAAAGAUUAUUAUGCCGAUUCUUACAGUCACUUCGGUAUCCAUGAGGAAAUGCUCAAAGAUACAGUUAGAACUCUUAGUUACAGAAAUGCGAUUUUCAGCAAUAGCGAAGCAUUCAAGGAUAAAGUUGUUUUAGACGUUGGUGCUGGUACUGGUAUUCUCUCCAUGUUCGCAGCUAAAGCAGGCGCACGUAAAGUUUACGCCAUUGAUAUGUCACAAAUUGCAGACCAAGCUAAAGUAAUUACACAAGCUAACGGAUUUGGUGAUACCAUCGUUGUCAUCAAGGACAAAUUAGAGAACGUAGAAUUACCUGAGAAGGUUGACAUUAUCAUUUCUGAAUGGAUGGGUUACUUCUUAUUAUACGAGUCAAUGCUUGACACCGUUCUCGAUGCUAGAGACAAGUUUUUGAAGCCAGGUGGAUUGAUCCUUCCUGACAAGGUCACACUUUACAUGGCUGCAAUCGAAGAUGCUGAAUAUAAGGAUGAGAAGAUUGGCUUCUGGGAUGACGUAUAUGGAUUCGAUUACAGCUGUAUUAAGGAUAUUGCUCUCCGUGAGCCAUUGGUUGACUGCGUAGACUUAAAGAGCGUUGUCACAAACCCAACACCAAUUAAGGAAAUUGAUAUCAACACCGUCAAGAAAGAAGAUUUACAAUUCCAAGCUUCAUGGAAACUCGAAUGUACACGUGAUGAUUAUAUACACGCAUUUUUGGGAUGGUUCGACUGUUCAUUCCCAACACCAAAUGGAAAACCAGUUAGAUUUUCAACAGGACCACACGCUAAAUACACUCACUGGAAGCAAACUGUAUUCUACACAAAGAACACAAUAAGCGUAUACGAAGGACAACAAAUUGAGGGUACGAUCAGUGUCAAACCAAAUGAGAGAAAUCCAAGAGAUUUAGAUAUAGUUAUGCAUUAUGAGACUAUAGAAGAGAACAAGCAGGUUGAGACUGUUGAAUUCAAGAUGUCCUAAAUUAUUUCAUAGAUUACAUAUAUUUAUUCCGG